GAACGCUGUCGUAGUUAAUUUCAGCACGGUCUCUCAUCUUCGAAUUUUCUCAGAUGGAUUUGGUCACAUGACCAACUUUUGGUAAAGGAAAAAAAAAUUUGCCAAAACGGUGUAGUGAAAAAUUUUGGAAAAAAUUAUUUAGUAUUGGAUCAACCAUAGUUUAAGUUCUUCUUUUUUAAGUAUUCAAAAACUAUAAUCAUUACAAUGUCUGACGAAGUUUUAGCUUUAGUUGGUUCUUUAGAAGGCCACAAUGGAUGGGUUACCUCAUUAGCCACCACCCCAGCUCACCCAGAUUUAUUAUUAUCCGGUUCAAGAGAUAAAACCUUGAUCAGAUGGCAAUUAACUGGUGGAACCCAAUACGGUGUCCCAAAGAAAUCCUUCAAAGGUCACUCCCACAUUGUCCAAGAUGUUACUAUCUCUGCUGAUGGUGCUUACGCUUUAUCUGCUUCAUGGGAUAAAACUUUAAGAUUAUGGGAUUUAGAAUCAGGUGAAAGUACCAAGAGAUUUGUUGGUCACACCAGUGAUGUCUUAUCCGUUUCUAUCUCCAAAAACUUAAGACAAAUUGUCUCUGCUUCAAGAGAUAAGACCGUCAAAGUCUGGAACACCAUCGGUGAAUGUAUGGCCACUUUAACUGGUCACAAUGAUUGGGUUUCCGCUGUCAGAAUUUCUCCAGCUGAAAAAUCAUCCACUGUUAUCUCUGCUUCAUGGGAUAAAACCGUUAAGUCCUGGGAUUUAAUUGACUACUCUGUCAAUGCUGACUUUAUUGGUCACACCGGUUACGUUUCAUGUAUCACCUUAUCCCCAGAUGGUUCAUUAUGUUCAUCUGCUGGUAAAGAUGGUUCUAUCUUAUUAUGGGAUUUAAACUCAAACGAAACCUUAUACACCUUAAACGCUAACGCUGAAGUUCAUGCUUUAGCUUUCUCUCCAAACAGAUAUUGGUUAGCUGCUGCCACCUCCACUGGUAUUAAGAUCUUCAAAUUACAAGAAAGAGAUUUAUUAGAUGAAUUAAAACCAGAAUCUGACGGUAAAGCCCCAGAAGCUAUCUCUUUAGCUUGGUCUGCUGAUGGUCAAAACUUAUUCGCUGGUUACACUGAUAACGUCAUCAGAGUCUGGCAAGUCAUGACUUCUUAAAUGGUUUAGGUUUUUUAUAGACAAACAACUUUUUAAGUAGGAAAACAAAAA